UGACUGAUGCUGUUCAUUCAGUGAGUUGUGACUAGAUUGGUCUUUCCAGAGACAUUGCUACCCAGAGGAAGUGAAGGGAGGCAAUUAUGAUUCCUAUAACACUUCACCCCUGUGAGCUAUGAAGUCAUGCCAUUCCUGUUUAAUAUGCCUUCAGAGGAAAGCCUUCAGCUGCCCUUAUUGCUAGCAGAGGUUGGAGAAGACUGUUAUUGUCACCUGUGUGUUGUGGCCCAGAGCAACUGUCCAUGGGGCUGCAGGUGGGCACAGUGGUGGUGCUCUGGGGCACCGCUGCUGUAGUACCGCUGUAAGCACCAGCCCCUUCUGCUGCCCUGGGGCUGUGGUGCAGUGAGAUUGAAUUCUCAAAUCACAGAACAUCCAGAGACAGGAGGGGCCCGAGGGAUCAUAAAGUGUAACCUAUCAGUUCAGGCUCUGCCAUUCUGCUUCAGGGCAGGAGGUUUAACAAAGGAAUACUACAGGGCUGUUUCCUUGGGCAGCAAAUACUUCCUCAGCUCUUUGACCAAGCAAAAUGGCUUGGUCACCUUUUAAAUGCGGCUACUAUUAGUGCAGCAGUAGCAGCGAUGCGAUCCUUUCGCUGGGGGUUCUCAAGCUCAGUCCCUAACGGCUCCAAACAGCUCUAUUCGUACAGCUGUGAGGUCCGCAUCAGGCCGGCUCCGGUUACCACGUUCCCUCGGCAGCCUCGAACCCGAGGGAGGGCUGGGAGCUCCGGUCCCGCCCCGGAAGGCGCUGCUGAGCGCGGCCAUGGCGGCACGGAGCGGGAGGGCGGCGAUGCUGCUGCGGAAAGGUCCUGUGCUGGGGCUGAGCCCGGUGCCUCGGCGGUACCUCUACAAGAAGAAGCCACCACCUCCCCGCGCAUCCCGGCCACACGCCUGGCACUGCACCACUUUGACACCACUUACAGCCUGCAGCUGCAGGAGCGCUGGCCGGCCGUGCGCGCCGCAAUGCUGUGCGAGCAGAAGUACGGAGCCCUGCUCAACAACUUCGCCCCUGCCGACCUGAUUGCCCAGCAGCUGGAGCUGCUCAGCGCCACCGAUUUCGUUUCUGAAGCUGCCAGAAGGGCGCGGUGUUGGCAAGAGAGUGCGGAUGUAGAAGCGGAGAGGAGGAAGACUUCCCUGGAAGGGUCUGGUGGAGAUGGGACGAUGGUGCCAACAGAGACGUCGCCGCUGCUUCAUGCCUCUGUCAGUUCCAACAUCAAGUGCUACACCUUCCCCAGGGGCGACAUCUCACGCUUCCGUCCUGCGUGGCCAGACUCUCUUGGGAUCCUCAGCUACUAUCUCAUGGAUGCAGCAUCCCUCCUGCCCGUUUUGGCCCUCAAUGUGCAGCUGGAUGACCUCGUCCUGGACCUCUGUGCAGCUCCAGGUGGCAAGACACUGGCACUGCUGCAGACUGGGGCUUGUGGGCAUCUGGCAGCCAAUGAUGUCUCCUUUUCCCGAACAAAGAGGUUAUACCACAUUCUCAAUAGCUACAUUCCCAAGGAAAUCAGGGAGACUGUGAGCAUUACAUCGCAUGAUGGAAGAAACUGGGGGGAGCUGCAAGGUGGAACUUUUCAUAAGGUCCUUGUGGAUGUGCCCUGCACAACAGACAGGCACUCUGUCAUGGAGGAGGAAAACAACAUCUUCCACAAAAUGAGAACCAAGGAGCGCCAGAUGUUGCCAAUGCUGCAGUUGCAGCUACUGAUGGCCGGGAUCCUUGCUGCCAAACCAGAAGGAGAGGUGGUGUACUCCACGUGCUCCCUCUCUCAGCUGCAGAAUGAACACGUGGUCGAGAGAGCGAUAGACAUUGCAGAAACCCAAUUCAACAUCACUGUCCACGUUGAGGACCUGAGCCACUUCAGGAUGCUCUUCCAGGACACGUUUUGUUUCUUCUCAGGUUGCCGACUGGGGGAGCUCGUUCUUCCUCACCUCACAGCCAACUUUGGGCCACUGUAUUUCUGCAAGUUACGCCGAGCAUAAGGGAUGGCAGAUCUGGGCUUGGGGCAGCUUAGCUUUCCUCACUGCACUUCUCUGGGCCAUCACGUUUGGAACUUACGUUGUUUCCCCAUUGCUGGCUAUCAUGAAAUACCCUGAAUGUCCAGGGAGAGCAUAUUUAAAGGAUAUUUAUUUUCUUUUUAAAUGUCUCAGAUGGGCUAAAUUGUUUUCAUCUUAUGUGAACAGGUUCAGGAUAAUAAAUACUAGCUGGAGAUGGAUCUCUGGCUUUCUCCAGGUC